AUGGAGCCGACUCGCUAUGGAGGUAUCUGCAGACGUUUCCUAAAUGGCUCUUGUCGAUUUGGUCUGAGGUGUAAUUAUCGACACGAGUUGCCAGCUGUACCAUCAUCCCAGAUAUGUAAGCACUUUCAGAAAGGUGGAUGCUGGUAUGGUGAACGCUGCAAGUAUUUCCAUGUCCUUCAGCCUGAAGUUGAUACAGCUGCUGCAGGCAGAAGAGGUUCAGUGCCGGCCGUCUCCUCCUCCAGUGUUGCCUUUGCUCCACCUGACAGAAGAGGGUCAGAACCAGCUUUUCUGCAAAGUGAAGAAGAUGGGCAGCAUUCCAGGCAGGAAUGCAGCAGAUCAGAGCCGAUGGUUAACGCCUCAAAUUCUCAGAACACUGGACACCCGACAGCAAAUAUUGCUGAAGAACCAUCACAAGAUACUUCCUCAGAACUUGCUCACAGCUCCAGAAGUGCUCAAGUAGGUGCAUGCCAUGCAACAAAUGAGGAGGAGUCCUCUUCAUCUGAAGAUGGGGCUGCUGCUGCUGCAGCCUCUAGUACCCAAGCAGAGGAAACUGAGGCAGUCCUCCAGAGUAUAAACGUGACCUGUGGUAUCUGCAUGGACAAGGUGUAUGAAAAGACGCAUCGAAGAAACCAAGUUUUUGGAAUCUUGCCAAACUGCAAUCACUCCUUCUGUUUAGAAUGCAUAAUGACCUGGAGGAAAACUAAAGACCUCGGGCCGGACGUGGUAAAGAGCUGCCCUCAGUGCCGAGUGAGGUCUCCCUUUUAUGUGCCUAGCAAAUACUGGGUUGAAGGACAAGCAAAGGAAAAUGUAAUUGCUGCAUUCAAAGAGAAAUUCAGUAAGAAAACCUGCAGUUACUAUACACGAUACAGAUGCUGUCCCUUCAAAACAGAGUGCCUCUACCGCCAUAAUAAACCUGCACAUCCCAGGUCAUAUCAGUAUCCCACAGAGGACGACAACGACUAUGAAGAUGAAGGUGAUUUCUUAGAUCUGCGUAAUUUUUUCAUAGCCGUGACACUUCUUGGGGAUGACGAUGAUGUCUUUGACUUCCUUUUUACCUAA